AUGAGCCUCCCACUGGCAGCACUCGACAGCCAGCACCCCAGCCUCAGCCCAGCCACAACCCCACCCGCAGACGACCUCGACACAUUCGAGAUAUUCGACCCCCGCGGACUCUUCUCGCCCCCAAGCAACAGCACCAACCUCCUCUGGCUCAAAACAACUGCAGCCACCAACCCAAGCACCCCGCGGAUGAUCAGCCCAGUCGAGUCGCCCAUCUCCCCAUGCAGCUCACUCCCCUUCUGUCGCUCCCCACCGACGAGCAUGUCCAUGAACCAGUCCGCAUCGCUUGUCCGCGGACGAUCGCCCCCUCCCCGGUUCCUCUCCGAGCCCCACUCCACCCCCUCGCCCUCCUCCUCCGCCACAUCCUCCCCCUCCCCGCCCCACCAUCCCGCACCGAGCAUCCCCCACACACGCCACAACUACCCCCUCAGCCACCACCGCCCCGCACCCAUCGUCACCUCGGGCUUCCGAGACUCCUCCCUGCCCUCGCGCCUCUCCUACCUGCGCUCGGACGACCGGCUCGACUCGGUCUCCUCGCUCGCCUACUCCGACAUGGAUGCCUCGCCAGCUGUCAAUUUCCUGUCCGCUUUUGCUGAUGCAACCAUUCCGUCGAUUAGAGCUGAGAUGUCUCCUAUUCCAACAGUGCCCUCGGAGCUUGUGGAGGAGGGUGACCAGGUGGCCGGGUACAUGGUCGGCCAGAUCAUCGGCCGGGGCGGCUUCAGCGUCGUCCGCGAGGCCCGCCAUCCGGCCACUGAGCAGCGCGUCGCCGUCAAGAUCGUCCGCAGGGCUCCCCCUAGAUCCCACCAACACUCUCGCUUCCCUCCCCAGCCAGUCUCCCUACACGCCUCCAUCAGCUCUCGUGACCGCUCCUCGUCGGUGGCCAUGACCGUCAACGGCCAUCUCGUCAACUCGGCACACCUGCCCCUGCCGACCAGUGCGACCGAGGAUCUGGCGAAUGCGCUGCUCAAGCAGGAGAUCCGCGUCUGGUCCAGCUUGAGCCCCCACCCCAACCUGGUCCCCCUGCUCUCGCUCCACGAGACGCCCACUCAGACCCUCCUGUUCAUGCCCAUGUGCGAAGGCGGCAACCUGCUCCAGCUGCUCAACCAAGGCCUCACAUACCUGCACAACGAGGCCGGCAUCGUCCACAAGGACAUCAAGCUCGAAAACAUCCUCAUCCAGCAGGGCCAGAUCAAAAUCUCCGACUUCGGCCUGGCCACCUACCCCUCCCCGGGCCGGCCGCUCGACCCCGCCCGGGCCGCCGCCAAGGGGAAAGCCUCUUCGAGCUGGAACCGCGACCUCUCCCUGCCCAAGACGUUCAGCGCGCUCCCACGGAUCAACGAGGGCCGGAUCGCCGGCCACGUCGACCCCCGCUCGAUGACCUGGAGCCUCUCCUCCAAUCACACCCGCACCCGGCUUCCCCCGCAACUCGACAACUCGAUCUUCGCAUCCCAGCCGGUCAAGGAAGACGACAACGACGAGGAUCUGAGCAGGCCACAGGACGACGACCCGUUCGCGUCGCUCGACAUGUUUCCCACCGCCGCCGGAUCGCUGGCCUACACGCCUCCCGAGCAGCUCCGCUCAGAGACCCCUCUCGCCUGCCCCUCGCUCGACAUCUGGGCCCUCGGCUGUGUGCUCUACGGGCUCUUGGAAGGCCAUCUCCCGUUCCAGGACGACUUCGAGCCCCGGCUGAGACUCAAGAUCAUGAACGGCCAGUUUGACUUCCCCGCCGCCCUCGUCGUCUCCCCGGCCGACCAGGCCGGCCAGGCCUCCAGCGAAGCCGAGACCAAGAUGAGCGUGGCUAAGGUCCUCCAGGGCUGUCUCGCCGUGGACAGGAACAGCCGCUGGGUGGUCUCGGAGAUCGGCGGCUCCGGCUGGCUCGCGCGCCCCGACAAGUCCUCCUCCGACGACGGACGCCACCGCCGCGAAGCGACGACCAGCGACGACUCGGCCCGCUCCGUCUCGACGGCCUCGAGCGGCGCCUCGGGGUCGUCGGCGGACGGGUUCCCCCUGGACGCGUCCGUGGCCAGCCCGACCUUCUUGCCGCCCGACUGCCUUCCACACGACCCGGCCUGUCUCGAGGCCGCCAGCCCAGAGGAGUCUCCGCUCGACUUACACGCCCUGCUCGUCGCCGUCGACCCGUCGCCCUCCUCCCCGCCGGGCUCCGACAGGCCCGACUCGCAGCCCGUUCUGUGCCAACAAAUGACCCCGCCCCCGCCCCACUUACCCCGCCGGUCUCCGCGUUGA